UUAGUGUUUACCAGUAAUGCGUUACCGGUGCUGAAGAGCAGACGGCCAGUGUAGACAGUGCGAUCGCCAUCCUGCCACAGUUCGCUCGGAGCCCGCGCAACACACACGCCUGCAACCAAUGUCGACCAAGUACCGAACGCGGGUGAAAUUAAAGUGAUUAACAGAAAAACAAAUGGGAUAACCAUACAGUGACAUUGAACAUAUAAAAAGACACAAAUCGUUUUCUCGUGUGAUAUUAGUUUAAGUAUUUAUUAGUUUAGUGUUGUUUGAAAUGGAAGAACACGGAGAGACCAAAGACCGGGUGCAGAGAGCGCCUUUUGAGACAGCGUUGCAUCACGCCGGUUACGGCUGCUUCCAAUGGCUGUUACUAAUGUCAUGCGGCGGGGUGUACGCGGUGUGCGCGCUCAGCACCACUACUCUGAGUUUCGUGCUGCCCGCCGCCAAGUCAGACUUCGACCUGUCCUCCACCGACAAGGGAAGGCUAACUGCCACGCCACUUAUCGGUAUGUGCGUGGGUUCAUACUUCUGGGGCAACCUGGCUGACGCCCGAGGCCGUAAGAAGGCUAUCAUAGGCGCCUUACUGCUGGACGCACUUGCAGCCUUUCUAUCCAGUCUGGUGCAAUCGUUCCCUGCCUUCCUGGCCUGCAGGUUCUUCUCCGGGUUUGGGAUCAUCGGCGCCACGGGGCUCAUCUUUCCGUAUUUCGGGGACUUCCUGUCCCUCCGCCAUCGAGACGUAAUGCUGUGCAGGCUCGAGGUCUUUUGGACCAUUGGAACUAUAUUAUUGCCAGGCAUAGCGUUCCUGAUCAUCCCCAACGCUAUCUUCAACUUCACGGCUCCUGGAGCGAGUUUCCAGUACACCUCAUGGCGAGUGUUCGUCGCCGCCUGCGGGAUUCCCAGCCUGUUGGUGGUGUUACUGCUGGUUCCGUUCCCUGAGAGCCCCAGAUACCUCCUGCACGCUAACAGGCCCGAGCAGGCCCUGCAAGUGUUGCAGCGGAUUUUUGUAGUCAACACUAAGUUGCAUGAGAAGGAUUUCCCGGUGGAAUCCAUGAUUAGUGCGGGGGAAGGUGACGAGGAGGAGGUGGUGUCAGCAGACAAUAAUGGCAACGAGACCAAGGCGCCGCUCACCUGGAGCCAGCGGUGGCAGGCCUUCUGGAUCCGCAAGAAGAUGCUGGUCACUCCCCCCUACAUCGGCCUCCUCGUGUUGUGCUGCUUCGUGGACUUUGGUCUCAUGUUCAGUUACUACACGCUGAUGAUGUGGUUCCCGGACUUGUUCGAGAGAUACAGUCAGUUCUCGGUGCUAUUCCCUGAUGAGUCGAAGGGCGUGUGCGAAGUGUCCUUGGCACUUACAAAUGAAACCGUGUGGUCUUUGGCACUCACAAAUGAAACUAUGUUAUCUACUGAUAAAUCGAACCAGCUGGGAGACCAGGUGUACGUCCACACAUUAGUGGUGGCGCUCAGCUGCGUGCCCACCGCGCUGUGGGUUGGUCUCACCAUCAACAUCGUUGGAAAGAAACUCAUGUUAGUAAUAAUGUUGAUAAGUUCCGGUCUGGCCGCGCUGGGAUUGAACCUGGUGCGCUCCUCGCUGGAAAAUUUGGUAUUGUCCUGCGUGUUUGAAGCCAUCGUGAGCUGCACCGAAGCCGUGCUUUUCUGUGUUAUCUGCGAGAUAUUCCCCACUAAAGUGGCGGCCACAGCUAUGGCGGUUACGGUGAUGUGCGGCCGCAUCGGGGCCAUAGUGGGCAACGUGGUGUUCGGAGCGCUGGUGGAUAAGCAUUGCGUCGUGCCUAUUUAUAUGUUUGGAACCUUCCUCAUAACGAGCGGUUUGCUGUGUAUAAUACUCCCGAAGAGUACUCGGCCGGAGCGGCCGCAGUGAGUCUGUUACGCCUACACAUUAUUUUUAUAUGAAUAAAGUUAUUAUAUCUUACACAUAA